AUGUUCGUGCUCGGCCUGGCCGGCAACGUGUCGGUCAUCUACUGCACGCUGCGGAAUCAACGGUUGCAAUCCGUACAGAACCUCUUCAUCCUCAACCUCUCGGUAGCUGAUCUGGCCAUCUGCGUCUUUUCUCUGCCCUUAACACCCAUCACGAACAUCCUUAAAAAUUGGCUAUUUGGCGCCGAGAUGUGCCAUGGUCUGCCGUGGAUUCAGGGCGUGACCAUCUUCAUCGCGACGUUCAGCCUGACAGCGAUCGCCAUCGAUCGAUACUACAUGAUCUUAAAGCCGCAUACGCCCGUCAGGAAAUAUUUCGCGAAACCGGUGAUGUUCGUCAUCUGGAUCCUGUCGGCCAUUUUCACCCUACCGUACGCCAUGUAUAUGCAGGUUGACAAGGCCGAAGACUACUGUGGCUAUUUUUGCACGGAGGCCUGGCCGAAUCCGGAGCUCCAGAAGAUCUAUACGGUUUUUGUCCUGUUCACCCAGUACAUCGUCCCGUUCUCGGUGAUCUUCUUCUGCUACUACCGUAUCUUUGUGCAGCUGCGGAUGCGAACACAGGAAAAGAUACGAAAAUACAACGAGCGCUCGCUGGUGCUCUUCGCUUCAGCGGGGAUCAUGAGCGCCGUCGGGCACUCGAUUCACGGAAAAGACAUCCUCGCACAGAUCUCCAAAAAGACGUUCCUGAUCGCGAGGGCGCGCAAAAACACGAUCCUGCUCGUGUCGAUGGUGUUCGUGUUCGGCUUCUGCUGGCUGCCCCAACAUAUCGUCGCCAUGAUCAUCGACACGCAGCAACAACAA